CAACGGUGCAGACGGACCAUGGGCCGAAUCCCAUGGAAGGCAAGCAGUCAUCCAUCAAGCUCACGCUGAAGGAGCGAGGGUAUCUCGCAUCCGUUGUCACCGACGGCCAGUGGUGCCAGAGCCGCAAGUACGAGAAGGGCAUGGCCUCUGACGACUCGUGCUUGCUGUGCGGCGAGGUCGGCACCCUGCUCCACAGGCACUGUGGCAGCUGCGCAGGUUGGCCGCCAGAGCUGAAGCUGCCCGACAAGAUGCGCGAGCUGGCGGCGAGGUCGGACUUGCCCGAAGUGCGCUGCCUGCUGGAGCGCGUGCUGUGGGCGGCGCCGACUGGCAUCGUCAAGCCAGCCCCGUCGCCGCACGUUUGCUGGCUGGGCGAGAGCGACGGCUACUUCCCCUCUGGCGAGCUCUACCUGGACGGCUCGCAGUACGAGGGCGACUUCGAGCAGUACGCGAGCGUCGCCUGGGCCGUCAUCGCGCUCGAGGCCGACGCUGACGCCUUCCUGUGCGGGGCGUCGGGGAUGCUGUGCGAGCCCCACGUCGACAUCAACGGCGGCGCGCUCAUGGCGCUCCUGAUGGUCCUCAGGUUCGCGGUGCCGCCCGUCACCGUCGUCGUGGACAGCGGCUUCGUGCACCGCGGCCUGCUGGAGCUGGGCCCGAGGCGCACCACCGCGCACGGCGCGGCGUGGGCCCACCUCUGGAGGGAGGUUUGGGCCAAGCUGGAGGACUUCGGCGGCCUGGGCGACGGCGGGCUGAAGGUCAGGAAGGUCCCCGCCCACCAGACGCAGAGGGCGAUGGUCGCCCACGGGAAGAUCUCGUACCGCGACUGGCUGGGCAACGGCAUGGCGGACAAGGCCGCCAAGUCGGCGGCGGCGGCAGGACGGAUCCGACAUCAGGAUCGCAGGAGGCUCGUCAUGGCCGACAAGCUGGUCGAGGGCGUCGCGCUCUGGGUGUCGGCGGUGGGCGGCGCGCUGGACGGCAGGGACACCACCCACCGCGUGGCGAAGCCACAGCGCCCCGCGCCGAAGGCGCUGCUGGCGCAGCCGGCCGCCAGGCUCUCCUGUGCCUGGCGCGGGGGGCCUGGCAAGCGGUGGUGCAGCCGCUGUCGCUGGGUGGAGCGCGCAGGCGAGUGCCCAGGCACCAUCGUGCCAGCGGCGCUCCAGCACAACGCCGAGCUGGCCGCCAGGGGGCUCAGCACGCACGUGCUCGUGCGCAUCGUGCCCGAGCGUGACGUCGAGCUGCGCCGCGACAUGCCGCUGGUCGCGUGCGCCGCCUGCGGAGCCGUGGGGGCGGCCAGGGCCUCCAGCUUCGCGCCGCCGUGCGGCCACGCGUCGGCCAAGGGGCUGCUGGCCGUGGCGCGCCUGGAGAAGCGGCUCGCCCCAGCGAUCUCGGGCAAGGUCGCGGUGGCCAUCAGCCCGCUCAGGAGUGAAGGGUGA